AAUGAAGAGGAUGAAAAUGAUUAUUGUUAUGGUGGUUAUCACCCUGUGGAAAUUAAUGAAGUUUUAAAUCAAAAUUAUAAAAUUAUUCGGAAAUUAGGUUGGGGUCAUUUCUCCACUGUUUGGUUAGCUUAUGAUCAAAGAAAUGAUAAUCAUGUUGCUAUUAAAAUUGUCAGAUCCCAAUCCCAUUACACUCAAGCUGCCCUUGAUGAAAUUAAAAUCUUGGAAAUCAUUAAUGAAAAAAAUCCAAAUCAUCCAGGUUAUAAUCAUUUAAUUAAAUUACAUGAAUGGUUUUAUCAUAAUGGUCCAAAUGGGAAACAUGUUUGUAUGAUUUUUGAAGUUUUAGGUGAAAAUAUGUUGGGUUUGAUUAAUAAAUUUGAAAAAUCUUAUGGUGGAUUACCAAUAACAAUAGUUAAACAAAUUUCAAAACAAUUGUUAUUAGCUUUGGAUUAUUUACAUAGAGAAUGUGGAUUAAUUCAUACUGACAUUAAACCUGAAAAUGUGUUAUUGGAGAUUAAAAAUGUGGAGAAGUUUGUUAAAUUGUUAAAAUUGGAUCAAUCUAAUCAAAAAAAGAAGAAAAAAUCAUCAAGAUCAAAUUCUUCAACAACUUCAAAUUUAAUCAAUUCAAAUAAAAGAAAAUCAAAAUCUCCAGUUUUCUCAAAUCAUCAAAAUCAAUCAACUUCGCCUUCAACCUCAUCAAAUUUAACCUCAUAUGUUGUUUGUGCCUCAGCAACAAAUUCAGAUGAUGAAGAUGAUGAAGAGGAGGGUACAACAACUCCAACAAACUAUACAUACAUUCCAGAAGAUGAAUUGGCACUACCUACAAGAUUCUCAUCAAUCUCCAUGGAGGAUUCCUCCACUUCAUCACAAAUUGAUCAAGAAUUAUCAUCAAUCAUCAAUGUCAAAUUAGCAGACUUGGGGAAUGCAUGUUUUAAUAACCUCCAUUUCACAAAUGACAUUCAAACUCGUCAAUAUCGUGCGCCUGAAAUCUUAUUAGGUCAUAAAUGGGGUUGUUCGACGGAUAUUUGGUCUGUUGCAUGUUUGAUCUUUGAAUUAAUCACUGGUGAUUAUUUAUUUGAUCCAAAGAAUGGGAAGAAUUAUAAUAAGGAUGAUGAUCACAUUGCACAGAUUUUAGAAUUGAUUGAUGAUAAAGAUGUUUCUUAUCAAUUUAUGAUUGAUUGUAAAUAUGCAUUGGAGUUUUUCCAUUCAGAUUUGAAAAGUUUGAGAAGGAUUAAAAAUUUAAAAUAUUGGGAUUUGAAAAAUGUAUUGAUUCAAAAAUAUAAAAUGAAUGAAGAGUUGGCUAAGGAAAUUGAUUUGUUUUUAUCUCCAAUGUUGAAAAUUGAUCCUCAGUUUAGAGUGGAUGCUGGUGGUUGGUCAAAUCAUGAUUGGUUAAAUGAUGUUAAGAAUUGUGCUGGUUUUAUUAAUAGACCUUGUGGUUGUUGUGGUGAAGAUAUUAAAGGUUGG